AUGGAGAAGGUGUCAGGAAUUGAUGAGGGAUUGAAAGGUUCUCCUUCCCCGUCUCCUCUUGGAGGUGUGAGAUCUCCCGGUGGCUUCAUAAUUUCCUGGCUGACAGUUGUCCUGAUUGGAGACUCUGGAGUAGGCAAGAGUAACCUUUUGUCGCGAUUUACCCGCAAUGAGUUUAACUUGGAAAGCAAAAGCACCAUUGGAGUGGAGUUUGCCACAAGAAGUAUUCAGGUCGAUGGGAAGACAAUAAAGGCACAGAUAUGGGACACAGCAGGACAGGAACGAUACCGAGCCAUAACGUCCGCGUACUACCGUGGGGCUGUUGGGGCUUUGUUGGUGUAUGAUAUUGCCAAGCACCUUACGUACGAAAAUGUGGAACGAUGGUUGAAAGAACUGCGAGACCAUGCUGACAGCAACAUCGUCAUUAUGCUUGUGGGGAACAAGAGCGACUUGCGUCACCUGAGAGCAGUCCCAACGGAUGAGGCUAGAGCUUUUGCAGAAAAGAAUGGCUUGUCCUUUAUUGAGACAUCUGCUUUGGACUCAACAAAUGUGGAGGCUGCUUUCCAGACCAUUCUGACAGAGAUCUACCGCAUCGUUUCUCAGAAGCAAAUGUCAGACAGACGUGAAAACGACAUGUCUCCAAGCAACAACGUGGUUCCCAUCCAUGUCCCACCGACCACUGAAAACAAACCAAAGAUGCAGUGCUGUCAGAAUAUAUAAGAAUUGUUUGUUCUUUCCUAAAAGGCUGUGUAUAUUCCCCAGGUCCAAGAUUUAAAUAUAUUUGUAAUUCUUGUGGUUA